AUGCCGGGUCCUCGCCCUCUCCGGUCGUGCUACAUUAUGUGCAGCGGCGAUGGUUCAGACUCGACCUCCGCCAUCGUCAGCGGCGUAAGCGUGGACUGCUCCCACGUGCUCAAGAUCGUGUCCUACUCCCGCACCAAGCAUGUCCCCAAUGGGCGCAGAUCGACUCGCCACUUCCACCGGGAGGGCACACAGUUAAGUGGUGUAUCACCCCAAUGGAUGCGCCACCCGACAACGCGUCGAUUUCAUAUCGUUGUUUCUCGCCAUCCAUGGUGCGAUGCAAGCAAAGGCUCGCUGGCGCAGUCACCAUCAAAGAUACUCGACCGGACGGGAAGCCGGGUGUCGCCCUACACCAAAGUCACCGGAUUCAUGGACUUCAUGGAGAAAGGGAGUUGGGGAUACCAAAAGUUCAUCGAGAGGAAAGCUCGGAGAAAUCCGAAGCAUCUCGUGGAUGACUCUUCAUUGUCCACAGUUCGGCGUGACCGCGUCUUGAGGGACAUCCAAGCCGUGGGAACACCGCCGGUGGUCGUGUCGCCGUCCGACAUGCACCGACACUACGGUGAUCUCCUCGCCUGA